AUGGAGGUGUUCUACUACGUGGUGUUCGGGGUCCUAGGCAUCGUCGUCGCGGCUUUGGAGCUUAGCAAGAACAAUAAGAAUCAGAUCAACACUUCUUCAGCUUUCACUUCUUUCAAAAACAAUUACGUUGUCGUUUAUUCGCUCAUGAUGGCGGGUGACUGGUUGCAGGGUCCGUAUGUGUACUCUCUUUACAGUACUUAUGAAUUAAGUAGUGGAGAGAUCGGACAGCUUUUCAUUGCUGGUUUUGGUUCCUCUAUACUGGGUCGUAAGAGGGCGUGUGUUACUUAUUGUAUUACAUACAUAUUGAGCUGCAUCACCAAGCAUUCUCCUCACUAUGAGGUUUUGAUGGUGGGCCAUGUGUUGGGAGGCAUCGCUAAUUCCCUCUUGUUUUCAUCAUUUGAAUCGUGGCUAGUUGCUGAGCACAAUAAGAGGGGCUUUGAGCAGCAAUGGCUGUCUCUUACAUUCUCAAAGGCUGUGUUUUUUGGGAAUGGUCUUGUUGCAAUUAUUGCUGGAUUGUUUGGGAACUUGGUAGUGGAUUCCUUCUCCCUUGGCCCUGUUGCGCCAUUUGACGCUGCUGCUUGCUUUCUUGCUAUUGGAAUGGCUGUCAUUCUAUCUUCAUGGUCAGAAAACUGUGGUGAUCCUUCUGAUAACAAGGACUUGAUUACUCAGUUUAGAGGCGCUGCAGUCGCCAUUGCCUCCGAUGAAAAGAUUGCACUCUUGGGUGCUAUCCAGUCACUCUUUGAAGGAUCUAUGUAUACUUUUGUAUUCCUAUGGACUCCUGCUCUAAGCCCCAACGGUGAGGAGAUUCCCCAUGGUUUCAUUUUCGCAAUGUUGAUGCUCGCUUCCAUGCUCGGUAGCUCCCUUGCUUCUCUUCUAUUGGCUCGCUCAUCUCCCAAAGUAGAGAGCUACAUGCAGAUCGUCUUCCUAGUUUCUGCUGCCUCACUAUUGCUUCCAGUAAUAAUGGAUUCGUUUGAAGCACCUUCCCAAUUAGACGGUGGAGGAAUCACUUUCUCAGGCUGCUUUCAGCUUCUUGGGUUCUGUAUCUUUGAGGUGUGUGUAGGACUGUUUUGGCCAUCCAUUAUGAAGAUGAGAUCCCAAUACAUCCCUGAAGAAGCCAGAAGCACAAUCAUGAACUUUUUCCGGAUUCCUCUGAACAUCUUAGUCUGUGUUAUCUUGUACAAUAUGCAUGCGUUCUCUAUGACUGUUGUGUUUGGAAUGUGCUCAUUCUUCCUCUUUGUUGCAAGUAUCCUGCAAAGAAGGCUCAUGCUGAUUCUUGACAAGCCAAAGGCAAAUGAUUGGACACCUCUUAAUGAAAGAACUACAAAGAAGAUCCUCUGA